UUCCCAUUUUGGAGCGCAACAUGCUGUACCUGCGGCGCGGCGGUCGAGUGCUGACCCAUGCAAGAGCUUCGUCCACCAAAUCCACGUCCUCUACAGUUCAGCCAAGCUCGUCGCCAUUGAAGAAGCCAUCGACUCUUCUGUCCAUGAUGACUAAGGCCAUCGGCAGCGUGGCUGUCGUGGGCGGCGCCAGCUUCUACUACCUCUUGCAGACCGACCCCGGGUUUGCACGCUCCAUGUACUUUUACGUCAACGCCGUGCCAGCGUACGUCCACUACCGCGCCGUGCAAAGGUACGUCGAGGACAUCGGCCACCUCGGGCCAGACGAAGCUGACGCCUGGUACAACUACCUCCACGACAAGUACGCAACACCCUUGUACGGCACGGUACUCACCCUUCGCGGGUUCUACAUCAAACUGGCCCAAAUCGCAUCCACGCGGGGGGAUUUCCUGCCCAAGCAGUACAUGGACCACUGCAAGACCCUGCAGAGCGACGCCCCGUCAACGCCCGCGCCAGAGAUGAUGAAGAUCCUCGAAGCGUCAUAUGGCAAGCCGUUCCACGAUAUCUUUCAAUCGAUCGAUCCGACGCCGUUGGGCGCGGCGUCCAUCGGCCAAGUGCACAAGGCCGUGCUGCUAGACGGGACCACGGUGGUGGUCAAAGUGCAGUUUCCCGAAGCAGAGGCCAACUUUCGCAACGACAUUACAACCAUCAAGCGGUUUGCGGCCGUCGCGCAGCCGGCGCACCUGCCGUUUCUAAACGAGAUCGAAAAGCAGUUUCUCACAGAGUUUGAUUACCGUCGCGAAGCUGACAACUUGGACCUAGUCCGUGCCAACUUGGCCGCGAGUCCGUACGCCCGCAAGUUUGUCGUGCCCAAGUCGUAUCCAGACUUGUGCACGAAGGAAGUGCUCGUGAUGGAAUACCUCCAAGGUCGCAAGUUGAUUGAUGCGAUCUACGACCACUUUGAGAUCGUGGCAUCGGAAUUGGGCGUGACAGUCGACGAGUUAGCGGCGAUGCAGGCCAAGACGGACGCCGAACGCGAAGCCAAGGGCCUCGCCAAAGUGAUGGGUCCUUCAGAAUCAACCAUGCGACUCUACCAGACAUUAUGGCGCGCCAAGCAAGCCGCCUUAACCAUGUACGACUACACGCUGGGGUAUGUAUACCCUCGGUCGCUGGAUCCUCGUUUUUCUACCCAUAAACAGCCGCGUGAGCUGCUCAACUUUCCCGAGUUGCUUCGGCUGAUCGUGGAAGUCCACGGGUACGAGAUCUUUGUCAACGGAUGCUUCAACGGCGACCCCCAUCCCGGCAACAUCAUGCUGCUGGAUGACGGCCGCAUCGGACUCAUCGACUACGGCCAAGUGAAACACUUGAGUACAGAUCAGCGCAAGCGCCUCGCGCGGCUCGUGGUGGCGCUGGCCGAAGGAACCAACGACGACGUGGUGCGCUCCGUCACGACCGACGUCGGCCUCGUCACCAAACACAUGGACCCGUACGUGCUCGAGAAGAUGGGUCGGACUAUGAUGGACAGAGACGACUGGGAGAUCACCGAGGGCAUGAACAUCCAGCUCUUUGUCGAGUACUUGCAGAAACGAGACCCGAUCUUGCACCAGGAAGACGACUACAUCAUGGCGUACCGCGUGUCGCUGCUUCUCCGCGGCCUCAGCAACGCGCUGCGGUACCCAGUGUCCCAUGCCAACAUGUGGAAAGCCCUGGCCAAGCAGACGCUGGCCGAACACGAGUAGUCAAGUUCACGUACAUCCAUCCAUGCAUCGUACAUACUCGUUGAUGGUUAAUCAUCAAUUUCCAUGGCGAUGUCCAUGCAUUCUCGCUCGGCACGAGCUUGUGUUAACGAAUCGGCAUAACGUUACUACUGACGUGCAACAGAGAUGCUUAGGCGGCUAAGCGUUCCCUGA